AUGAUUUCUCCAAAGUAUUCUGCUACUCAUUAUUAUUUAUCGGCCAAAACAUUAUCUGGAGUGGCAUCUGCCCCUCAUAUUAUCAAUUUAUAUUUAGAUUAUAAUUGUCCAUUUAGUGCUAAAUUAUUUUUGAAAUUGUACAACACCGUUAUCCCCAAUUUGGAAAAGAACCAUCCAGGAAGAUUUCAAUUUGUUUUCGUUAAUGUUAUUCAACCUUGGCAUACCAAUUCUACUUUAUUGACUGAAUUUGCCUUAGUCUAUGCCAAAUUGCUUCGUGAAAGAGGAACAGAAGUAGACAUUGAUUCAAUUAAAGCCUUUUGGGAUUUUUCCAAAACAGUAUUUGAAAAUAAAGAAAAAUUUUAUGAUACAGCAAAUAUUGAAUUGACAAGAAAUCAAAUUUAUGAACAGAUUUAUAAUGUGGUCACUUCUGGUUUGGAAUUAAAAGUUUCAAAAGAGAAAAUCUUGGAGGAGUUGACUAUUAAACCAAGUGAAGUUCCAAGUAAUGCUGGAAAUGGAGCUACAACUGACGUCAAAUACUUUACUAAGUAUCUUAGAGGAGUGGGAGUUCAUGUUACCCCCACUGUUAGUAUUGAUGGGAUUGUCGAUGACUCUGUUUCAAGCGGUAGCUCCGAAGACGAUUUGGUCAAAUUAUUUGAGAGUAAAUUAUAA